AUGCGCCUCGUGCUUUUGCUUUCUCUUUCAUCCUUUUUUCUCGUCUCUACCAAUGCUCUGCGCUUUCCUUUGACCCGACGUGCUCCUCCUCCGUCUCCCAGGUCCUCGACCGUCUCUGUCAACCAGAACUACUCGAGCAAUUUCGGCUUUACAGAUGACGAUAUGGUUGGGUACUCCGUGACUAUCUAUGUCCAAGGACAACCAUUCCAGGUCCGCGUGGACACAGGCAGUGCUGAUUUGUGGAUUGAUACGACGAACGUCACUCUGCCGGGCCUCACUGAUACUGGCACUAAUGCUACAAUCAGUUAUGUUGAUACCACCGAGGCGUCGGGUCCGAUUACCCUUGCCAAUGUAACUUUGGGAGACUUCACCGUGACUUCACAAGCACUCAUCAGCGCAUAUGUUGCCAAUGCGUCUGAUCUCGGGUUUUCUACCGGUUUGCUUGGCGUUGGCCCACCUUUUGCGUCUCAAAUUGUUGUUGAACUCGCGGGUACCUCGUUUCAGCGUAGCAGCGCCCCGUUCAUGUCUAAUUUGUUCCACCAAAAUCCGAACGAUGUGCCCUUUGUAACGUUUUUGCUCUCCCGGUCGUUUGAGCUGAUCUCUGAAGGGGGUGCUAUGACAAUCGGGGAACUUGUAGAGGGGUAUACUGACGUUGUCGACCAGCCGAAGCUUCCUGUAAUCUCCAACGCAUCAUGGCAAGUUUUCAUGGACGGUGUCUAUGUAAACGGAGAGCUUUUUACUGGUCAUGGCGUGAGCACUGGCUUGUCUAGUGCGUUUCAGCAGCCUAAAGCUGGCCAGACCACUAUGAUCUUGGACACAGGCUCGACCCUCGGGUCGGCGCCUUCAUACUACGUUGAUGCGAUGUAUAAGAAUGUACCUGGGGCCCAAUGGAGCGAUGAAUGGAUGACCUACCAGGUUUCAUGCGAUACAAAAAUCAACAUUAGUAUGGCGCUUGGUGGUCAAGAGUAUCCCAUGAACCCUAUUGACGCCACAUGGAUCAAUGUCAACGAUGAUGGUAGCUUUGACUGUUUUGGCGCCUUCUCAUACAGCGCCGCCGAUGCGGAUUCGGACUGGAUUCUUGGCGAUACCUUCAUGCACAAUGUUUAUAGUGUUUUCUACUACGGCGGGAAUUUCACCGGUACCGGAAACGCAGACUCAUAUUUGCAGGUUUUAAGCAUUACGAACAAAGACGAAGCAUGGGCCGAAUUUGACUGGCUUAACGUCCAGCGCAUCGUACAGCAAGAGUUGGCUGCCUACAUAGCCACGCCUACCUCUGAAGUCGCAUCACAAACGGCCACAUAUGCUCUUACUUCUGUACCUUCGACAUCAACGCCCCAGACGACGAGCACUGCCGCGACGAACAAGGAUUCCGAAGCCCUCGCAGCAGACGUCGCGGGCACGCCCUCAGCAUCCACGGCGCCGCUGUCGGACGACUGGAGUGAGCUUCUGCGCAACUCGUACAUCAUCAUCGGACUCCUGGGUGCUGUGCUGCUGCUCUUGGUCGGUGUCUUGAUCAAGCUCGUCUUAUCGGCGAGGAACGGCCGGUAUAAGCAAGUGCCCACGGUUGUCCCGCCCAUGCACUUCGAAAAGCCAUACGAGCCCGAGAGCGAGGCGUUCACAACCCCGUAUGACGACCUUGCGCGGCCACUGCCAUAA